UUCAACUGUGUCUAUUUGUCUUUCUAUCUCUACGUUUAAAAGCUCCGCCCCUCACUCUCAGCGAGUUUCCUUCUGUCUAUCCAACUUUGAUUCGAACGCUUUCUGAGAGAAGAAGUGAAAAUAAAAAUAUGUCAAUACAACAUCAUGGAACGGCUGAGAAACAAAUGAAAAUAAACGGAAUUAAUAAUAGAACGUAACAAAGAAACAAGAAAAGAGAAAAGAGAAAGGAAGACAGGAAGGAGAAAGCACGUCUAAAACGAAGAAAAAAAAGUUUAACAGAAACCAAAAGCACAAACAAAACUUCUGUAGUUCAAUUUUGUCGCGAGCUGUAUGAACUUGGAGGUGGGACCUCCAGUUAAAAAAAAAACCCUCUCUCAUCAUCAUUCGCACAUUUGUAUAGAAACAUAUAACCACGCAUACGCACACACUUAUUAUAAUAUAAUAUCAUUAAAAUACACAUAUUAAGGCCCCAAAAAUGGCGGAUGAACAAAGUGACCCGGGGGAAGAUACACAUUGGGAUCUUAAGUACAGGUCUGAGGAAGAAAUGGAAUUUUUUACUGAGAUGGCAUUACACGAAACACAACGUUGGAUAGAGGCUGUCACGAGACAAAAAUUCCACUACCCUGAUGACCCAAGGAAAUCUCUGGAAAAUGGUGUACUACUUUGCGAGUUGCUCAACUGUCUCAAACCAGGUUCUGUUAAGAAAAUUAACCGAUUCCCAACACCAUUGGCUGGACUGGACAAUGUCAAUGUGUUCCUUGAGGCAUGUCGAAACACUUUCGGUCUAACUAACACUCAGUUAUUCGACAGCUGCGAACUACAGGACUUGUCCCAACGAGCAAUUGCAGACAGGUCAACAUAUGAAGCUUCAUCUGGGAAAAAGACAACUCAUUUGAAAGAGGAAAAUGAUCGAAGAUUGAGAAACGUUGCUGUAACGAUAUUUUUUUUGGGCAAAAGUGUCAUUGCAUUGAAUUUCAAGGGACCCCAAAUUGACCCAAACGCAUUUGCUGGUUUAUUUGAACAUCAGCACGUUGACCUGAUCCCGGAGAAGACCUCAGCAUAUUCUAGCUCGUGGGAGAGCAAGCGAUUGCAAUCCAACAAAUAUUUCUCAAAGUCUGAUCAGUUCAGUGGAAGUAGUGGUAUUGGGAGCCGGUACACCGACGACGACCAGCACAUUGGUGACAGCUCUUAUGAAUCGAUUGGCUCCAAGGGUUCUGAUGACAACCAGAGCAUAUGCAGUGAUGGAAUGCCUUCCACAACAUCUGGAAUAUACCACUUUGGAGACAGCUUGAGUUCACUACAGCAGUCAAAGAGCUUUGACAGCGACAUCUAUCAUAGCACACCAAACCUGUAUGACGAUACCAGAAAGUCCCCAGCUUCAGCUGACAGUGCUGACGCCAUGUCCUCCAGCAGUCAUUCAUGCCAGUCAUCUGGAAGUGUGGAGGGCUCCACCCAGCGGAAAUCAAUGCAGCGGGGAACAUCUGUCGGCUCCAAUGACCCACUGCAGUUCAUCAAACCAAAAUCAAACCCACUGGUAGUGACAGCCCAGAAACAAAUAUCACUAUGUGAGAAGAACAAGGUUACUCGUCAAAGUGUUUCUUUGGAUACUGAAGAAGACUGGUCCCAAAACCUUGCUUCCUGGAAGUUUCGGAGACAGAGUAGGAAGUCUCUAUCAGCACUUGAAGAGCCAGAUGAGACGUCUCAGGUAACUAAACGUUCUGUGAAGACUUUCAAAGAAAUGGUUGAAGACAGAGAGAAACGGAAGAGUUUUAAAAAUUUUAAUUCCACAGAUGAUGGUACAGAAAAUGACAGUUUGCCUGCCAGUGAUAGUUUCCAAAAUGAAAAUGUUUCGAGAAAAGGUGAUGCUACAACAGUGUCACAAACAUCGAUCAGCCCCAAACGUGAUAACACUGUGAUAAAGAAGGAAAAAAGUGACACCAUCGAAGACAACAGCAAGAACAACAGAAGCAACAGGAUCAGUGGCAACUACAACAACAAUGCCACUAGCAACAAGAACGAUAACAACACCACCGACAAUUUCGAAGAUGACGUGUUUGCAGCCAACACGACAGAAGAACCAGUGUUGAAACAGUCAGAGGUGAAAAGUGUUGAGAGUGUAAGGAGCCCCAGGACAAAGAAUGAUGUUGAAGCAAACAACUUGAAGAACAUCGAACAAACUGCAAGACUGGAGGAGAAGCAACAACCGCUGCCCUCAGUGGAGUUUCCUUCAUUAGUGCCACCACCUCCAUCAUCACCACCACCACCAGACAACCGAAGAAGACAGCAGCAACAGGUAUUGCAGAACGAACUGCCUCAUCAAUCCAAAAGCAAUGAGCUGAAAAGCAGCUCCAACAUUUCAUCUGCUCCAGUGGAGAGGGUUUCUUCUCCAAGACCUGAUAAGGUUGAUUCUUCUGAAACUGAUGAAGGAUGGAUUAAAGAUGAGUGUGAGGAUUUUGUUGAGCGGACAAUCAAGAUCAGCCAAUCGUUAAAAAGUGAGAAAGGAUUUGGGUUUUUAAUUCGGGGUGGUGUGGAUCAAAACACUCCAGUUGUUGUACAUCGGAUUGAGUUGGGAAGUGCAGCAGAUAUAUGUGAGCUUCGACCAAGGGAUAGGAUUGUUAGUAUCAAUAGAGAAGACAUUCAACAGCAUACACAACAGAAGGUACAGCAGAUCAUUGAUAAAGCGAAUCAGCAUGGGCAAAUUGAGUUACGCGUCCGACGAUAUCUCAGAGGAGCAACAUACAACGAAGAGGAGCAAAAUAACAUUAGUGAUAAAGAUGUGGUAGUAGCAAAGCCCAUCCUUACUGUAAACAGUUCCCAGUCAGAUCCUGUUGUUGAACCAGAGGUAAUAAAAGAAACGAAAAAACGUGCUAACUAUGCAACACCUAUAACACGAUUGACAAAAACUGAACUUCACAGAACUGAGCUUUCACCAGAGAAAAAAGAGGAGUUUCAUGCGGAUAUUAGAUCAUCUCCAUUGAAAAGUUCAUCAGAAGGUAAGCAGUCAAACUCAGUGCCAAGUCCAACUCCAAACAUGCAGACAAAAGCAGAUUUAGACAACAAUAAUAAUGAAUCGAUCAGUGUAAUGAAAACGACAGUCACCCAGUCCCCGCCAUUGAUUAAUCUUGAAAUCUCUGAGGCAGAAACAUCAAACCUUCCAAAAGCAACCCACCAACCCCAUCAAAGAAGUGCCAGUUCAGAUUCUGCUAUGGCAGCUUCUUCAUUAUCUUCAUCACCAUUGUCAUCAUCGUCAUCAACAUCGAUCCAACCUCCUGCUCUCCUAAGACGCUGGCAGAAUUCGAAAACGAAAAACCAACAGCCAUCAAGUUCAGACAUGUCCAUCUCUCCUAAGAGUGAUGACACCAACUUUGAGACUGAGCUAAAGACAGAAGCGACUCUGAAUUCCACUUUUCCUCCUCGACAUUCUGUCAAUUUGGAGACACCACCCUUGAUACAAACAAGGAAAAGAUCAGAUAGUUGUGACCAGUUGUUAUUCCAGGUGAGAGAUAUCCGUAGCUAUGCAAGGAAAAAGGAAAAUACCAGCAGAACUGCAACUUUUUUGCCAAAAUUAGAUAACCAGGUACGAUUGCAAACAACUAUUGCCAAAGACCAACCAGUCACAGAGAACCUCAUAGAGAAAGCUGAGAAGAACACUGAUAAUUUUUCGGCACCAUUAAAGAUCCAGAUUCCCCCACAGACACCAGUUUCGACUUCACAUUUGCAGAUUGACCCUAAAAACCAAAUGCCACAAGCAACAAUGUAUAACAAAGGAAGCAAUCUCCCGGAAUAUAAUUUCAAUGUGGAACUAACAUAUGGAGAGAAAGUGGCUGACAGAAGUUCAGAUGACGAAGGUAAAAGCUACAGUAGUUUGAUGAACAACAGCAGCCAGCUUCUAACUUCCCCUUCCAGAGAUGGAGAAGAGGAUGAAGAAGAAGAGGAUGAAGCCACAAAGGAGCAGAGGAGGAUAGAAGAGCGUGAGCAAGCUGCAUUGGAUGCACAGAAACGCCUGUUUGAGGAGCAGCGCAUGAUCGCACAGGAGCGGCAACUGAUUGAGGAGGAGAAAAAGAAGCGACUCCAGGAGCAGCAACAGCGUAAAGAAGCCGAAGAGAAAAGACGACUCCAGGAGAAGGAGAUGCUACUGCAGCACGAGAAGGAACAAUUGGAUAAAGAGAAGCAAAGAAUAGCAGAGGAAAAACAGAGAGUGGAGGAAGACCGACGGAUGGUGCAGGAACAACAACAGCAGUUAGAACAAGCAAAGAAGAUGAUGCAUCGGGCUUCUUUGUCUGGCACUAUUGAGAAAGCAAUCCAACAACCAUCUUUCUCUGCUCAACCUCAGCAUUCAGACUCUUCAAGGACAAUGCAACCACUUUCUACUUCUUUGUCUCGUCUUUCUUUGACGUCAAAUUCGAAAUAUGUUGCACCACGGCCCAGAGCAUCUUCUGAUGUUCCCCUCAAAUCAAGCCCUGUUCAAAUAAGCCCACAGAAAAAACUGAUUCUGUUCACUAAAAUGGAAAGUGCUGUUUCACGUUUCUCCAAGAAUGAGCCUGACCCAAAGGAGAGUCAGCGACUUACUCGAGAAGAUUUGCUAGCAAUGAAUCGCAAACCUACUCCAUUGCAAGAAAAGCCUGAAUUCAACUCUAACCUCCCCCAUCACGUUUCACCAAUUAAGCGCGAGCCACCAAGUAAAACUGAACUUCAUUCUCUAAAUGCUGUUCCAAAAGCUCGGCACAGAGAUCCAAAAGAAUGGAUAGCUCCAGAAAAUUCUGAUGCUGGUCGGAAGCCUGCUCCUUGGUUAGCGGACCGAAAACCUGAGUUCUCUCCAUCGUUCUCCUCUUAUUCUACAUCUCCUUCCUCUUCUUCUGUAUCCAAAGAAUAUUCUCAAGCUUCCCAACUCCGAAGUUCCUAUCCUGUGGACAAUGUUCCAAAAUAUAAUAAUGGUGGACUUCGGCAAGAAGGCCUUCCAAAACAGAGCCAAGUGGGGUCACAAUCUCACUGGAUGGCUGAAAAGUCUGAGCAACGUAGACUAUCAGAUCAUUGGACGGAAGGAAAGGAAGAGCUUUGGAAAGGUCCUAGUGAGAAUAGGGCUGUGAGACCUGCAGGUGACAGAUCGAGCUAUUCACAGCGAGAUCUCUCAGUUUCCAGAGUGGGGAUAAAACCAUAUGUUUACAAACAAGCAUCUAAGUUUUCCCCAGUAACCCCUGCUAUCAACCAGUCAACUGAAAACGCCUUGAAAUCCACCAACUAUCGUCAUUCAUAUGCCUCAUAUGAGGACUCUGCCAGGCCAUACGAUGGACUCUCCCAUGGCUACUCCAGCUCGAACAUCUCCACUGCUGGUUCUUAUUCCCAACACACUUCAAAUCCAUAUGGAAGCAUGUACACAAAGAACAAUAACUCAGCUCGACCAUUUCAAGGCCAGGGUGGAAUAACUGGAUUCCAGCAAAGAGAUAACUCUGCAGCAACCAAGUUACCUAAUACUAGAUCAUUGACAUCUCUUAGCAGUGAUAAAACAGAACAAGUGUCAGUAACUGGUGUUGAGAUAUGCUCCCAUUGCAAUGAGAAGUUAAGUAAGUAUCCCUAACACUAACUCUUUGCUCACUUCUCACAUGUCAAAGCAUGACCAAUCCCCAAUUUUGAACUUUGUGAGUAUUUUGAAGUUAAGUUAGCCAUUUUAAACUCGCUAUCAUCUCCGUCAACUCCAAUAGCUUUCUCUUCCAUAUUUGAUAUUGUUCCCUCUUUCCUCCUGUCUCUUCCCA